UGGACGGCGCACCGACAGGGAGCCGGCCAGGGCGGGCGAGCGAAAGAAGGAAAUAAGAAAGAAAGGAGGUUAACAAAAUAAUAAAAACUGCCUGCCCCACGGCUGGAGAGAUCGAAACCCGGCGCAAGAAAGCGCAGCCCUAGGGGGAGAGGAACGGGAGACUCAGCAGAGCGCGCUCAUCACUGACUUUUGCUUCUUCUGCUUUUUUUCUUUAAAAACAAGAAGGCGCUAGCAGCAGCCUCACACGCGAGCGCCACGCGAGGCUCCCGAAGCCAACCCGCGAAGGGAGGAGGGGAGUGAGGAGGAGGAGUGGAGGGAGGAGGAGGAACAGCAUUUGCACUUUCUUUGCUCCCAAUCUACGAAGUCUCCCGGGGAUUCUGUAAUAUUUUAAACUCCCCUGCGGACCCCCUCUUCAUCUCUCUCCUUCUUUCCCUCUCUGUUCGUGCACCCCAGUCGUGUCUGCGUCUCCCUCACGCGCCCCGCACCUCGCGCCCCCGCUCGCUGCGAUCCCGCGACUCCUUGGCAGCCGCUGCGCAUGGAGAGCUCUGCCAAGAUGGAGAGCGGCGGCGCCGGCCAGCAGCCCCAGACGCAGCCCCAGCAGCCCUUCCUGCCGCCCGCAGCCUGCUUCUUCGCCACGGCCGCGGCGGCGGCGGCAGCGGCGGCGGCGGCGGCGCAGAGCGCGCAGCAGCAGCCGCAGGCGCCGCAGCUGAGCCCGGCGGCCGACGGCCAGCCCUCAGGGGGCGGUCACAAGCCCGUGCCCAAGCAAGUCAAGCGACAGCGCUCCUCCUCGCCCGAACUGAUGCGCUGCAAACGCCGGCUCAACUUCAGCGGGUUCGGCUACAGCCUGCCGCAGCAGCAGCCGGCCGCCGUAGCGCGCCGCAACGAGCGCGAGCGCAACCGCGUCAAGCUGGUCAACCUGGGCUUUGCCACCCUUCGGGAGCACGUCCCCAACGGCGCCGCCAACAAGAAGAUGAGCAAGGUGGAGACGCUGCGCUCCGCGGUCGAGUACAUCCGCGCGCUGCAGCAGUUGCUGGACGAGCACGACGCGGUGAGCGCUGCCUUCCAGGCCGGCGUGCUGUCACCCACCAUCUCCCCCAACUACUCCAACGACAUGAACUCCAUGGCCGGCUCGCCGGUCUCCUCCUACUCAUCGGACGAGGGCUCUUACGACCCCCUCAGUCCCGAGGAGCAAGAGCUGCUCGAUUUCACCAACUGGUUCUGAGGGGCCUGGCCUGCUCCAGGCCUCAGUGCGAUGGACUUUCGAAGCAGGGUGACUGCACAACCUACAUCUUUAGUGCUUUCUCGCCAGUGAUGCUGGAAGGGAGGAAAACGAAAAAAAAAAAAAGAAG